UUUUAAGGAGAACAAAAAGUGUGUAAUUCAUGUGCAUCCAUGACUACCAAAGAGUGUCCACCCUUGUGGGGCUUUGGAACGACAAAAACAUAUAAAAUUCCCAUUGAGCAUCUGGAUUUCAAGUACAUUGAGAAAUGUUCAGAUGUGAAACACCUGGAGAAAAUCCUGUGUGUGCUCAGGUCUGGCGAGGAAGGAUAUUAUCCUGAACUUACAGAAUUUUGUGAAAAGCGUCUUCAAGGCUUGGCUCCUGAAAGCAGAGCUCUGCGGAAAGACAAACCUGCAGCCACAGCAGCCAGCUUUACAGCAGAAGAAUGGGACCAGAUUGACCGUGACAUGAAGAGUUGGGUAUCAGAAAUUAAAAAAGAAGAAGAUAGAAUGCACUUUCAUGAGACUGAACAGUCUGCACCCAUGGAAGGUAAUCUGCCCCCGGUUCGUGGUUCAAGCAGCUGUCUGCAGGUGGGCAAGGAAAAAUCUUCUAAAAGUAAACCAACUAAAAAGAAAAUCCCAAGGGAUUAUGCAGAGUGGGAUAAAUUUGACGUGGAAAAGGAAUGUGCAAAAGUUGAUGACAAUUACAAAGAACAGACUGUUGUUGACAACAAAUUACAUUUGUCUCAAAUCGAGACAAGAAUAGACACAACAGGUCUAACUGAGAAGGAAAAGUGUCUCCUCGCUGCACGUGAAAAGGAAAAAGGAAAUGAAGCUUUUAACUCAGGCGAUUUUGAAGAGGCAGUAAUGUAUUACACCAGGAGCAUAUCAGCGCUUCCCACCGUGGCUGCCUAUAACAACCGGGCACAAGCAGGGAUCAAGCUGCAGAACUGGACAAGUGCUUUCCAGGAUUGUGAGAGGGUCCUGGAGUUGGAGCCCGGAAAUGUAAAGGCUCUCCUACGCCGUGCCACUACCUACAAACAUCAAAACAAGCUCCAGGAAGCCAUAGAUGACUUGAGAAAAGUAUUGGAAGUUGAGCCUGACAAUGAUUUGGCCAAGAAAACUUUGUCAGAGGUUGAAAGAGAUCUGAAAAAUUCUGCACCUGCGCUUAAGCCCCAAACCAAAGGGAAAAGGAUGGUCAUCCAGGAAGUAGAACACUCGGAUGAGGAAGGCGGCAAGGACAGCGCAGGGAGGCGCGAGGCUGGCAGUGCAGACGCCGCUGCCUCUCAGCUGCAUGCCAUGGGCAACAUCCAGAAGAAGCUGACGGGCAGGAGUGACGGCGGCAGCAAGCGGUCGCGGCAAAACCGAGCUCCUUCGGCGGCCAACAGGCAGGGCAGCCCUCCGCGAACUCCGGCCCGGGCUCGGGCGGCUGGCGCCCACGAGCACCCCACCACGGCCGACCUCAGGGGGGUCCACACGUUCCCAAAGCCCGCCGACCUCAAGAACCAGGGCAACGAGCUCUUCAAGAACGGCCAAUUCGGUCAAGCGGCCGCUAAGUACUCCGCAGCGAUAAAGCAGCUGAACCCCACAGAAAGUACAAAUGCCGAUGAUCUGAGUAUCUUAUAUUCAAAUAGAGCAGCGUGUUUCCUGAAAGAAGGCAACUGCAGUAACUGCAUUCAAGACUGUAACAGGGCCCUGGAGCAUCGUCCCUUCUCUUUGAAGCCUCUCCUGAGACGUGCGAUGGCCUACGAGAUGUUAGAGCAGUACCGGCCGGCCUACGUGGACUACAAGACUGCCUUGCAGAUAGAUUGCACAAUCCAGCUAGCCAACGACAGCGUCAACAGAAUCACAAGAAUCCUAAUGCAGCUGGAUGGACCCACUUGGCGGGAGAAGCUAUCGCCCAUCCCUGUGGUGCCCGUGUCUCUGACAGUGCCAGGCUGGUGUUCUGCUGCAAAGAUGACCCCCGACCAAAAGGGAGACUUAAGCAGCCUCCACCGGCCAGGCGUCACAGAUGAAAAGUUUAAAGCCCUUAAAGAGGAAGGGAAUCAAUGCGUAAAGAACAAGAACUACACUGAUGCUCUCAGUAAAUACAGCGAAUGCUUAAAGAUCAACAACCAGGAGUGUACCAUAUAUACAAACAGAGCCCUGUGCUACCUGAAGCUGUGCCAGUUUGAAGAGGCCAAGCAGGAAUGCGACCAGGCGCUGCGGAUGGACGGCAGCAAUGUCAAGGCGCACUACCGCCGCGCGCUGGCCCACAAAGGCCUCCAGAAUUACCAGAAGAGCUUAACUGAUCUUAAUAAAGUUCUCCAACUAAACCCAAAUAUUGUUGAGGCAAAGAUGGAACUGGAAGAGGUAACCAGAUUCCUUAACCCUAAGGAAAAUGCAGCCUCAUUCAAUAAAGAAAAGGAGAGGAAGAAAAUUGAAAUUCAAGAGGUGGAUGAGCGCAGUGACAAGGAGCCGCCGGGAACGGUGGAGGACGUCUGUGCUGACGGCCUGGCUGCCGAGCCCGGGAAGGAGAGCAGGGGGGCCCUGGAAGAUGCAGCAACACUUCAGGUCUCCAGGCCUACCAAUGCCUACGAAUUUGGCCAGGUGAUGAAUGCCAUCAGCAUGAAGAAAGAUCAAGAAGCAUGUGCAGGCCUGUUAGCCCUCACCGCACCGCAGGACCUGCCCAUGCUGCUGAGUAACAAACUUGAAGGGGAUACGUUCCUCCUCCUCAUUCAGGCUCUGAAAAACCAUCUUCUUGAUAAAGAUCCCUCGCUGGUGUAUCAGCAUCUUUUAUAUCUGAGUCAAGCAAACAGGUUUAAGAUGAUGUUGACGCUGAUUAGCCAGGGCCAGAAGGAGCAAAUCCAGGCGCUCUUUGUUGUCCUGGCAGACACACCACCCAACAGCCAUUUCACUCUGGAAGAUGUGCAGGCCCUGAAGAGGCAGUACGAGCUAUGAAGCCAGGGAGCUGGCUUCCCCGCGGGAGUGUGCAGUCCCGCUCAUGACACAGUAUUGUAACAGGGAUGCAAAGAUAAAGCCUGGCCUACUGGA